AUGAGUAAAGCUUUAACAUUCACCGCCAUCGCUGCUACUGCUGUUAUCGGAUAUGCCGUCUAUUUCGAUUACAAGCGUAGAAACUCAUCAGACUUUAGAAAGGCAUUAAAGAAGAGAGCAAGUAAACAACAAAAGUUGAAACAAAAGAAGGAAGCUGAAACCAAACAAAUUAAAUUAGAAUCUGUCAAGACUGCAUUAAUUGCUGACUUACAAGCUAACCCAAUACCAACUGAUUUGUCGGAAAGAGAAGCAUUCUUUAUGGAACAAGUUGCUACUGGUGAACAAAAGACUAAGGAAGAUCCUAUUGCCGCCGCUAUCUGUUUCUACAAAGCUUUAGCUGUUUACCCUAACCCAACUGAUAUCUUGGGUAUUUAUCAAAAGACCGUUCCUGAAGAUGUUUAUGAAUUGGUUGUUAUGAUGAUUGCUGUUUACCCACCAGCAUCAGUUUCCAAUAUUUUAAAUAAGGGCCCAGCCGCUGCUGCUGCCGCUGCUGCUCCAGCAGAAGAAGAUUUGGAUUAA